AUGGACACUAAUAAUAAUAAUAAUCAAGUUGCAGCAACAACAGAUGACACGCAACAACAACAACAACAAAUGACAGUAGUUGAUAUGGGAGCAGAUGCAAGCAAACAUAUAGUAUACCAACACCAAACGGCAUUGAAUAAUGUUCCACUUUUUGGUAACAGACAAUUUACAGAUAAACAAAGAGAAGAGAUUGCAAAGCUACUCAAUUUGAAACCUCCAAAAGUAUACUCUAAUAAUUGGGGUAAUAAAAUAGGUGAUAUAUCAUAUGUAAAGAUUGAUGAUAUUACAAGAGAUGCAAAUGAAGCAUUUGGAAGAGAUGGAUGGUCAUUUCAGGUUAAAGAUGUGUGUCUAAGUUCAUCGACACUACAUGAAGACGGCACACUAGUUAUUUCGUGUAGUGCACUUGUUCGAUUAACGUUAAAAGAUGGAUCAUAUAGAGAGGAUAUUGGUAGUGCCAACCGCACUUCAAUCAACCCGGCCGAUCCACAUCAACUGACUAUUGACAAUGGCAAGAAAUGCGCCAUCAGUGAUGGUAUAAAACGAUGUCUCAAACUAUUUGGUGCUAGAUUUGGUCUUGGACUUUCUCAUCAUGUGCCUACUGUUAAACAUGAUUAUUCUCAAUCUUAUACUCCAAAUAAUAAUAAUAAUAAUAAUAAUAAUAAUAAUAAUAAUAAUAAUAUUAAUAAUACUGUUCCUGCUAAACAACCGGCAGCAGCACCAGCAGUUCCACCUGUUCAGCGACCUCCUGCUCAACAACAACAACCAUUAGCUCAAAAAAUAGUUUUACCAAUACCAACAAUUCAACAAGUACCAAUGCAACCUCAACAACAACAGCAACAACAACAACAAGAACCUCAACAACAAAAUAAUAGUUUAGAAUUUGAUUUUCAAGAUAAUGAUAUGUUGGAUAGUAUGGAUGUGAAACAAGAAUCACCAACUCAACAAUUAGCUACCUCUUCUCCUUCACCACCUGCAACAUCAACUCCAUCACCAUCACCUCCAAAUAGUAACAAUGAAGAAUCACCAAACACCAAGAAAAAUAUUGCAUUAAGAAUUAAAUCAACUCCACCAAAAAAUCAAAUAUUAAAUAAUACUAAUCAUAAUAACACUAUAACCUUGACUACGUCAACUACUAAUAAUACCAAACCAAACAGUAAAACUACAUUGUCAUUGGGUAGUAAACCAAGGCAAACAGUUUCUUAA